AUGGCCUCCCGUGUCCUUACCUUUGACGAGUCGGUGCCUUACUACCGUCUCUUCCCCUACCGCACUACGCCCCUCCCCCCGCCGCCGCUCUUCCUUGCACCAGGUGCUACCCAGGUAGACCCCCUCCCUCCUCAGGGUCCUGCCCCUUCACGUGUGUCCCAGGUGGACGCAGUCGAGCCUGUCGAGGUAGCUGUUGACUCUAGUGCUGCUAGAGGUGCUGAGCCUGCGGGUGCCAGGUCUGCGGGUGCCGGGUCUGGGGGUGCUGAGUCUGGGGGUGCUGAGACUGGAGGUACUGAGCCUGGGGGUGCUAAGCCUGGGGGUGCUGAGCCUGGGGGUGCGGAGCCUAGGGGUGCUGGGUCUGCUCGUGUGGCCGCCGGCGGUACUUCGUCAAGGCGGGAGCCGCUCUCUCCACAGGAGCUGCGCGUGUGGUUCACCCGCCGCUGGAGACAUGCUGCUGAGUCUGGGGGUACUGCUAGAGCUUCUGGGGGUGUUGGCGCUGGUGUUUCUACUGGUGCUGGUGCGUCUGGGGGUGCUGCUGAGGCAGCUGGUGCUGACGGUUCUACUGGAGUUGGUGCUGCUGGAGCUGGAGCUGCUGGGGGUGUUGGCGCUGGUGUUUCUACUGGUGCUGGUGUGUCUGGGGGUGCUGCUGAGGCAGCUGGUGCUGACGGUCCUACUGGAGUUGGUGCUGCUGGAGCUGGAGCUGCUACGGGUGUUGGCGCUGGCGGUGCUGCUGGCGCUGGUGCUUCUGAGGGUACUGAAGUUGGCACUGUUGGAGCUGGAGGUUCUGCUGCCGCUGGUGCUGCCGCUGGGGGUACUGGUGCCGUACUUGCUGGAGCUGGAGGCGCUGAGCGGCCGAGGCCGUACUUCGUUCCGCUCCUGGAGCUGUCGCAAUCACAAUUACCGCUCGCCUCCCCUCUACCUGCUCCUUCUCCCUACACUGGUCCUACUGGAGGUCUUGCUGAGCGUCGUGAGCCUGCGUCUCAUCCCGCGUCACCUGUUCGUGCUGCUCGCACUAGUGGUCGUACUGCACGUCCGCGUCCUCCUGCGGUCCCCGGCACACACCAGAUGGCACUGCGUCCUUCCACUGCUCCUCUGCGUGUCCCAUUGCCGUCUCCUCCAGAGUCCUCUCUUCCUUCUCUUGCUGACCCAGAGUCUGACUCCCUUCGUGCUGCUAGUCCUUCGGUCACGCGCCUUCUUGCUACUGUCGUCACUGACCCUUCCUUUGAGUCUGCUGCUACGUCUGCUCUCGUUGCUGAGCUUGUCGACUUUGCUGCUCGCUGUCGUCUAGACUACGCUGCCAAUCUUGUUGCUGAGUCUGAGUCUGUUUGUCCUCCGUCCGUCGGGGGUGAGUGUGCUCUUAGCACGGACGUCCUUGAGGACAGGCAGGAGGAGUUCCAGUGCUUUGCGGCUGCUUUGCCCCAUCUCGUGUCCACGCUGAUUGCCCCUGAGGGAGACCCGGAUGCACCAGACAUCCCGACUCCUCGAUCGUAUGCUGAGGCGAUCAAGGGUCCCUACUCCUCUCAGUGGCAGUCGGCCAUGGACGCAGAGAUGGCUUCGUGGAAGUCCACAGGCACCUACGUCGACGAGGUUCCCCCUCCUGGGGCGAACAUCGUCUGUGGGAUGUGGAUCUUCAAGGUGAAGCGGCCGCCGGGCUCUCCGUGUGUCUUCAAGGCGCGUUACAUGACCACUCUUUGGGUGCUGCUGCACAUAGCCGCUCAGCGCGACUACGAGCUUCACUCUCUUGACUUCAGCACUGCUUUCCUGCAGGGCAGCCUGCACGAGGAGAUCUGGCUGCGCCGCCCUCCUGGCUUCACUGGGUCGUUUCCUCCUGGCACCCAGUGGAGCCUCCGGCGGCCAGUCUACGGUCUCCGCCAGGCACCCCGUGAGUGGCACGACACACCGAGGACUACACUUGCGGCUCUUGGGUUUGCUCCUUCUACAGCCGACCCGUCGCUGUUUCUACGCUCCGACACCUCUUUGCCGCCGUUCUACAUCCUCGUGUACGUCGACGACCUGGUCUUUGCCACAGCUGACACUGCUGGACUCGCCCACGUGAAGUCCGAGCUGCAGAAGAGACACACGUGCACAGACCUGGGUGAACUGCGCAGCUACCUUGGCUUGCACAUCACCCGUGACAGAGCACAGCGCACCAUUACCCUGACUCAGUCACACAUGGUGCAGCAGGUCCUUCAGCGCUUCGGCUUCACGUACUCCUCGCCUCAGGCCACUCCUUUGUCUACUCGCCACUCGCUCUCAGCUCUGCCUUCGGAUGAGUCCGUAGAGUCGAGUGGCCCAUACCCAGAGCAUGUUGGCUGCCUCAUGUACCUGAUGACCUGCACACGACCUGACCUUGCAUACCCUCUUAGCAUCUUGGCACGCUAUGUUGCUCCUAGGAGACACCGACAAGAGCACAUGGCUGCAGCGAAGAGGGUGUUGCGCUACGUGUGCAGUACGUCGGGCAUGGGGCUAGUGCUUGGAGGGCGACGUCGAGUAGUCCUCACAGGUCACGCUGACGCUUCUUGGGCUGACGACCAGGCUACGCAGCGGUCGUCACAGGGUUACACCUUCAGCCCUAGCUCCGGCUCUGUUUGGUGGCGGUCUACCCGCUCGUCCUCUAUUCUCGGCUCCACCUUUGAGGCUGAGAUCUACGCAGGGGCCAUGGCUGCACAGGAGCUACGCUGGCUCACCUACCUGCUGACUGACCUAGGAGAGCCGCCUUGUUCUCCUCCAGUUCUUUACGUAGACAACAAGGUCAUGCUGGCCUUGUGUCGGGAGCACAGACUGGAGCACAAAACAAAGCACAUUGCUCUCCGCUACUUCCUGUCUCGUGAGCUGCAGCAGCGUUGUCAGCUCCGCCUCACCUACGUGGCCUCUGAGGCCAACACUGCUGAUAUCUUCACGAAGGCUCUUCCGCCUUGUGAUCAUGAGCGAUUCUGUACUAUGCUAGGUCUUGUGCCUACUUGGCCUCACUUUCUCACUUCUUGA